CGUAAAACCGUCUUUCGCCGCGCACCAAUAAUUUUUGCCGAUAUGUCCAAGCGACCGGCCGAGCCCUCUGAGGAGGAGCUCGAAACUGUCAAAAAUGGCGACCGACCCAUGGAAAUCGACCAGGACGAGGCCGGCGAGUUCGAGGACGAAUAUGAGGACGAGUUUGAGAGUGAGGAUGAGAUACUCGAAGCGGGCGUAGACGGGCGGCCCGACGAAGAGAGGGAAGCGGAGGAGCGAGAAAGCGCCAUGGACGUCGACCAAGGCACAUUCAUGCCUGGUCGCCACAAGCUCUCCGCCGGCGAGACCCUCUCCCCCGAUCUCUCUGCCUACGAAAUGCUACAUACCCUCGAAGCGCCAUGGCCAUGCCUCUCCUGCGACAUAAUACCCGACAGUCUGGGCUCGAACCGCAAAACUUACCCCGCGACCGUGUAUGCUGUUGCCGGCACCCAGGCCGCACGAGGAAGAGACAAGGAGAACCAGCUCAUGGUCAUGAAAAUGAGCAGUCUGUCGCGAAUGGAGAGGGACGACGAGGAAGAGGAAGAUGAUUCAGACGACGAGGCCUCAGACCCGAUAUUAGAGACAAAAUCAAUACCCAUGAACAGCUGCACGAAUAGGAUACGCGCGCACCAAUGCCCGCAGAGCACAUCCGCAAAGCCCCCUACGACACUCACAGCCACAAUGACAGAGUCAGGCCAGGUCCUGAUACACGAUAUAACGCCACACCUCACUUCCUUCGACACCCCCGGCACCACCAUCACCCCCGCACAGAACAAACCAAUCUGCACAAUCCGCGCACACAAGGCUAAUGAAGGUUAUGCCCUAGACUGGUCGCCCCUGAUCCAGGAAGGCAAAUUGAUAACAGGCGACACGUCUGGCAAAAUCUUCGCAACAACAAGAACCCAAGGCGGCGGCUUCGUAACCGACACAACCCCCUACACUGGCCACCAAGGCACAGUCGAAGAGCUGCAAUGGUCGCCCACAGAAAAGCACGUCUUCGCAUCCGCCUCCAAUGACGGCACAGUUAAGAUCUGGGAUGCGCGAUCAAAAUCUCGAAAAGCAGCUGUCAGCGUGCAAGUUUCGAAGACUGACGUGAACGUCCUAAGCUGGUCACAUCAAACCGCGCAUUUACUCGCUUCCGGCGCAGAUGAUGGCGAAUGGGCAGUCUGGGACUUGCGGCAGUGGAAACCCUCGACUUCGCUAAGUAACGAGAAGAAGCCUUCGCCGGUCGCCUCCUUCACUUUCCAUAAAGAGCAGAUUACGGCAGUGGAGUGGCAUCCUACAGACGACAGUAUUGUGCUUGUUUGUGCUGGCGACAAUACACUGACGCUUUGGGAUCUGGCGGUGGAGUUGGAUGAUGAGGAGAGUCAGGAUACGGCGGGUGUUCAGGAUGUACCGCCACAGCUACUGUUUGUGCAUUAUAUGGAGCAGGUCAAGGAAGCGCAUUGGCAUGCGCAGAUUCCGGGGACGGUGAUGGCAACGGGUGGAUCUGGAUUUGGUGUAUUCAAGACAAUUAGUGUGUAG